AUGGCUAAAAAAUUAACCGGAGAGGAGUUGCGUAAAAUCGAGCAACAUUUAAUUGAGUUUCUCAAAACCGACAUUGGUCCAAUUUUGAAAAAUGCUAGCGGAACCAAAUUUGAUUCUUACGACGAGAAGGUUAAUGAUGUCGAUCUAGUUACCGUGGUAGAUAAAAAAGUCGAGACACUUAUUCGAAAAUUUGCUGAAGAAAACUACCCAGAAAUUAAGUUUAUUGGUGAAGAAAGUUUAUCAAAGGACGAACGUUUUGAUCUUGAAGAUCCUACGUUUAUUGUCGAUCCUAUUGAUGGCACUACAAACUUUAUACAUGGGUUUCCUUUUAGUUGUACCUCGAUUGGUGUCGCGCAAGGUGGUAAACCGGUGAUUGGCUGUGUUUAUAACCCACACCUUAAUCAACUAUUUCAUGCAUCUUUGGGAAAUGGUGCUUAUCUAAAUGAUGAGCCCAUUAAUAUUGAGAAAAGAACGCUAUCCCUGAAGAAAUCCAUAAUCGGUUUGGAGGGUGGAAGUGAAAGGGAAGACGGAAAAGGCACCAACUUUACAAAGAAAUUUGAUACUUAUCGCAAAUUAUUAAGUGAUAGAGGUGCAUUCAUUCAUGGUUUCAGAAGUUUGGGAAGUGCAGCAAUGAAUAUUUGCUACGUCUCAAUAGGGUACAUGGAUGCAUAUUGGGAAGGCGGAUGUUGGGCAUGGGAUGUUUGCGCAGGGUGGUGUAUUUUGAAUGAAGCAGGUGGUAAAAUUGUAGGUGGUAAUCCCGGUCAAUGGAAUAUACCAAUUAACAAUAGGUCAUACCUUGCUGUUCGUGGUGGUCUUGUUGAUGAUGAUGAGCAGGAAAAAUUUAUACAGGAUUUUUGGGGGUUUGUUGAAGGUGCUUUGAAAUAUUGA